AUGCCAUCCACUGUUAGACCGCAUGUCGUGCUUACCGUGGCGGCACUGUUUGUUUUGCACGUGGCUCGCCUUGGUGAAUCAACGGGGCAGAAUUUCUCUCAUCAGCUGCACUGCACGACACUCGCCGAGUACGACCGCAAAAAAAAUGUCUUCAUCAUGGCGAAUCCAAAGGCAGACGGGACGUUCCGGCAUUCGGCGGCUUAA